AUGGCGCCGUCCGCUGAAAGCGAGGACAACUCGCUCGCCCAGUUCGACCUCCUCCCGAAGCUGGUCAAGAACCUCGACCGCCACCUGAUCUUCCCGCUCCUCGACGCCGCCAGCGCCCAGUACUACGAUGAGGAGACCAACGAGCCCAGGAACGUCGAGAAGGCGCGCGAGAUGACCAAGGCCAAGUUUGAGCUCCUCAAGAAGACAAACAUGACCGACUACGUCGCCAACCUCCACUGCGAGCUUGAGGGCACCGACGAGCCGCCCGCAGAGUACGCUGAGAAGAGGCAAAAGGUCAUCAAGCAGCUGCAGGACUUUGAGGACUCGGUCAGCAAGCUGAGGGAUCUGCUGGACCGCGAGGAGGUCAUCUCCAACCUGCGUAGCGACAAGGUGGCCAACUUGGAGUUUUUGAAGAAGGAGCACGAUGUCACCAUCGAAAUGGUCACAGCACUGUACGACUUUGGUAACUUCCAGUACAGCUGCGGCAACUACCCGGCGGCGGCAGAGCUUCUGUACCAGUUCCGUGUCCUCUCUACGGACAACGACAAGGUCUCGGCGGCAACGUGGGGCAAGCUCGCAUCUGAGAUUCUGUCUGGAAACUGGGAGGGUGCCAUGGAGGAGCUCAAAAAGGUCCGCGAGGAUAUCGACUCGAGGCUUUUCAACAACCCGUUGGCGCAGCUGCAGCACAGGACGUGGCUGACCCACUGGGCCCUGUUCCCUCUGUUCAACGACGAGAACUCGCGUGAGGCCUUGCUCGAGAUGUUCUUCUCGCCCAACUACAUCAACACCAUCCAGACCUCGUGCCCGUGGAUUCUGCGUUACCUGGCCGUCGUUGUCAUCGCCGGUCGCGGCCGCGCACGCAACACUGGUGCUUACCAGAAGCAGCUCAAGGACGUUGUCCGCAUCGUGAAGCAGGAGGGCUACGAGUACUCCGACCCCGUUACGGACUUUGUUCGCGCUCUCUACAUCGACUUUGACUUCGAGGAGGCGCAGAGGCAGCUCCCGCGCGCCGAGGAGGUCUUGAGGACCGACUUCUUCCUCAUGUCGAUCGGCGACUCGUUCGUCGAUGCAGCACGCCACCUCUUCUUUGAGUCGUACUGCAAGAUCCACGCACGUAUCGACCUCAAGAGGCUCAGCGAGCAGCUCGGUCUCAACGUGGACGAGGGCGAGAAGUGGAUCGUUAACCUCAUCCGCGACACGCGCCUCGACGCCAAGAUUGACUUCCAGGAGGGAACCGUCGUCAUGAACCACCCCAACAGCAGCGUAUACCAGCAGGUCAUUGAGAGAACAAAGGGCGGUUUCUUCAGAACCCAGGUCCUCAGCGCAGCUGUCGCGAGAUAG